UAAUUUUAAUUUUAUGUUCUAAACAAUAUAUUGUUUUAUUAACAAUAUAUAGGCUAGCCUACAUCGUACAACAAGUGUUAUUGCAUUAACAAGUGUUAGAACCAUUGCCGACAUCACGCCACGUCUUUUUCCACUACGUCAUCUUCUCCCACGGUUAUCAUGACAACAGGACUCUAAACAUCCGUUCACGCAUUUUACUUAACAGAAAUGGAAUAGGCUACCAAUUUAUGCAUUUGUACUCCUUUUUUAUUGCCAAACAGUACCACAUUUAAGAUGUUAGUGUUGUCAAACCUAACAAAUCUCUCAGGCUCUGACUGAAGCGGUCCGGAAUGAAUAGCACUGAAGUCUGUGCAUCAGACGAUACUGAUGCUGAGAAUCAGCAUACGACUGUUGACAGCACAAAAAGGAACACAGAGUCUUCAGGCAGACAGUAUGUCAAUGUGUUGUUGGAUCUCAGCGAAGAGGAUUGUUGCAGGGAGCACAAUAUGCAUUUGCUUCAAAGCCGCACUGGCUGGGAAGACGCUGUUGAAGGUUGGGGGAGAUUUCCUCCUUUUGGUGUAUUUCAUCAGCCGCCAAGGAAGGGGAAAAAAAUCAGGCAAGACAUCAUAGACUUUCACUGUCUCCUCUGUGCAGACCUUAAUCUUUCUGAUCUGCCAAUCUAUUGCUCUGCUGGAAAUGCUCUGAAAACUUUCAGGAAGGCUGCCCAACCCCAUCUGGAUCUUGCAGAGGAAGCUGACAAUUCCUCUUCAGAUGAACUGUACUCUUUCAGCUUAUCUCUUCAAAAUAUGCCAGAGCCAUUAAUCAACAAAUUGCUGUCUGGAGAUGAAGAGUGUAAACAAAACAAAUCAUCAUCAGUCUGCCAUUACCAUACAGAACCGUGUCAAAUCCUGAAGGAAAAUAGAGCUGCUCUUAGCAUCAGAAGCUUUAGCGUGUUGCCGCCUGUCAAAGAGUCCAGAAACCUGAGGAACUACAGUCUUUUUAAAGGACUGGAGCCAGCAGAGGUCAUGAUGCCUGAUGCCACCAGUGCCGUUACUGCUGAUGAAAGAUUGAGCAUUGAUUGUGACACAGGAAGUGUCUUCAAGACCCUCACAGACUUUAUCCCAGAAGAGAACAGCUAUAGGUUAAAGGGAUCUCCCAGCACAAAGCAUUGGCUGUCCCAGGACAGCAAUCACCUGCCAUCUAUUUUUAAUGUAACUUUUCAAAAUAAGUAUGGUUUACCCUCCAGCACCGUGUCAAAUACAUUACCCCAAUCUUCCUACCCCCUAGGAAGAAACCUCAGGCAGGAAGAAUUGACAAGGCCUUCCACCAGGAACAACACCAAUUAUAGAUUACAUUCUGGCCACAAAACAAGAGAUCUGAAAAGACCUGAAGCUCAUCGACUAAUGCUGAUUGGAACAAGAGUUCACAUGCCUAUGUGAAUAAUAUCUUUGAUCUUUAAACUCUUUGUAUAUUGUUGCACCAUACUGUUUAGAGUUAAAUGUCAUGAUUCUGUUUGAGACUCGGAACAAAAACCUCUCACUCUGGUUUACUUGAAAAUGUGCUACAUGAAGAUGAAUACACAACAUACAGAGAUAAAGAGAAGUUGGAUUGUUUGAGACUGCAGGAUCCAAUUACUCAGAACCAUGCUAUUUUACUAUGCAUGUUCAGUGUUCAAACUAGCUAAACCCUGUCCAAUAUUCACUAAAAAUGAACCUGGUUAACAGCUGAAUUCACAUGUGCAGACUAUCCUUUACAAAUAUACAACUGAACAGGAAGAUCAUAAAAGAUGAUCAGAGACGAAUAUGUAACCUUCAGUGAUCGAUUUUUUUUUCAGACUCACUUCAAAGUAUUAUUUGAUUCCAUUAAAUUUACCACAAUUAGGGAAUGUUCUACAAAGCUGAUUCUAGCUGAAUGUGCCAAAAAUAACCUGAUUCAGAACACAGUCAUUUGCAGACCCUAAUAUUUGCUCAGGACAAUAACAGAAUAGAAGAAAAAAACAUUACUGUAUUAGCAUAAUAUAACAGCAGAAUUUUGCUUGAUUCAAUUAAUGGUCAAACAGUUAUUUUCUGCAGU